UUGCCUCGAGCGCAUGCUCCCAACCGGCUCCGCCCCCUUCCCCCCUCCCGCGGCUCGUCGGACGCAUGCGCGUCCCCGCCUACCGCGCGUCCGCCCGCCCCACUGGCCCCGCCCCGCGCGGCCGGAAGUUCCGGUGGCGGAUUGCUGGACCGGGCCCGAGCGGAUCGGGGGUUCGGGUUGCGGGCUCGGGCUGCGGGCGCAGGGUGGGCCAGACGCGGAGCCUGGGAGCAAAGCCCAGGCUGUGCCGCGCGGCGCCAUGAAGGGCAAGGAGGAGAAGGAGGGCGGCGCGCGGCUGGGCGCCGGCGGCGGAAGCCCCGAAAAGAGCCCGAGCGCGCAGGAGCUCAAGGAGCAGGGCAACCGGCUCUUCGUGGGCCGCAAGUACCCGGAGGCGGCGGCCUGCUACGGCCGCGCCAUCACCCGGAAUCCCCUGGUGGCAGUGUACUACACCAACCGGGCAUUGUGCUACCUGAAGAUGCAGCAGCAUGAGCAGGCUCUGGCAGACUGCCGGCGGGCUUUGGAACUGGACGGGCAGUCUGUGAAGGCACACUUCUUCCUGGGGCAGUGCCAGCUAGAGAUGGAGAGCUAUGAUGAGGCCAUUGCUAAUCUGCAGCGAGCCUACAACCUGGCCAAGGAGCAACGGCUCAACUUUGGGGAUGACAUCCCUAGUGCUCUGCGCAUCGCUAAGAAGAAGCGAUGGAACAGCAUCGAGGAGCGGCGCAUCCACCAGGAGAACGAGCUGCACUCCUACCUCACUCGGCUUAUUGUGGCCGAGCGGGAGAGGGAACUAGAAGAAUGUCAGCGGAAUCACGACGGCGAUGAGGACGAUGGCCACAUCCGGGCCCAGCAGGCCUGCAUCGAGGCCAAGCACGACAAGUAUUUAGCAGACAUGGAUGAGCUUUUCUCCCAGGUGGAUGAGAAGAGAAAGAAGCGAGACAUCCCGGACUAUCUGUGUGGCAAGAUCAGCUUUGAGCUCAUGCGGGAACCAUGCAUCACGCCCAGCGGCAUCACCUAUGACCGAAAGGACAUUGAGGAGCAUCUGCAGCGCGUGGGCCACUUUGACCCUGUCACCCGGAGCCCCCUGACCCAGGAACAGCUCAUCCCCAACCUGGCCAUGAAAGAGGUCAUUGAUGCUUUCAUCUCCGAGAACGGCUGGGUGGAGGACUACUGAGGCUGGGCAAGGGCCAGGGCUGCCCGCCUUGCCUAGUGCCCUGGCCCAGGACGGCCUUGGGGCAGUAGCUCCAGUUCCUGUACAUAGUUGGUGUCCCUAGAUCCCUGCCCUGGUGUCCCCAACCCCCUCCUCAUCAGUUUUGCUGCUGGACCGUGAGCCCCAUCUCCACCCCCAUCUGGGCUAGAAACAGCAGGUGAGGGUGGGCUGCUGCCACCACUGUCCUGUAAUAAAAUCUGUGAGCACUCUAGGGGUGUGCGCUG